CAUACAUAUCUAAAUGUGUGGGAAACAAGAAGCUCAUUUUACUAAAAAUGGACAGUCCACCGAAGACUUAAAGAUUUCUCUUCUGGUCUCUCUAAAGUUAAUGGCAACAUUUCCAGGAUUGGGCUCAAAAAUACCUUUAAAUAUAAAACAUUGUUUACAUAAAGUUUAAAACAAAUGUUAUUUAAUCACAAAAGUCUUUCUGGCAAUCUUUAGCAGUCAGUGACUGGCAGGCUCGAGGGUGACAGGCUAGAGGAUUUAAAGGCCUAAAGUGAAGUCAGGGGUGCUUAAUGCUUCAGCAAAUCACUCUCAUGAUUAGAAAAGACUGGCAAAUAAGUUAACAUGUAGAGUAAUGUACACUAUGCUCAAUAAAUCUGUAAUCCCAUCCAGGGCUUCUGGUGACAUAAUUACUCAAGUGGUUUAUUAAUGUCACCAGAACCCCAAAAUGGAAUUAUUGUCUUUGCCAUGUGAUAAUACAACAGCGCCUGUCACACUUAGCAAAGCCUCUUCUAUGUUGUGACUCUGCAUAGUGUUUGCUGUGUGGUUCCUUUUUAAAAAAAAACAAACUAGCUCUCAAAAAUUCCAUAUGAUAAUUAUUCAGAUACUGGCUGUUGAAACAAAAAAUAGACAAACAUUAAAUAAACAUAUUGUUAAUUUUAGUUUAGCUGAAUUAAAUUUGAAGCAAGGUUUACUUUGAAAAUAUCCAUUUUAUGCAGUGGAGUGGGAGCAGCAAUCUACCCAACAGCUUUCUUUACAAUGCUACUACCUUUACUCGGUGGAGCACAGGACACCAGCAUCCUCCCCUCACAUUGCCGCUGGCUCAGGAAGGUGGGAAGAAAACUAGCUGCCUUUCCUUACAAUCUGAUUUUUUCAGAAGUGGAGAACAAAGUAACAGCCAGUACCUCCCCCAUUCUCCAUACGGUUGCCUGAAGGAAAGGUGAUAAAGAAUAGUCCACUAAGAUGUGUGCGGUAGCAGAGUAGAGUGGUACUCUCCACUAAAGUUGGGAAGUUUUUUUUAAAAUGCAGUUUCAGUUGACUUGAAAUUAUUCAUGAGUUUGUGUUGACUUUGCCAAAUAGUUUUGACCAAACCAAAAAACUCAAUGUUUCAGUAAUAUUGAAACAAAAUGUUUCCAUGCAAUGUUUUUUAGUUUCUAGACAUUUUUGCAGAAGGAUAAGAUUCACAAAACGUAGGGGGAAGGAAGCAGAUCUCCAUUAUAGUCUUUAGCCUAGUGAUUAGGGUGUUUGCUCUUCUGCAAUCUGGGAGACUAUGCUUCAGUUUUCCUCUCUGCCUCAUGAGGAGAAAGAACAUGACCUCAGAUCUCUCAGGUUGUAGGAGAUUGGCUUAAUCACUGGAGAACUAUGGGAUAUACUGGUAUUGCAGUCCCUCAGUUUUUCCUGUUGAAGCACUUCUAUUUUGUAUAAUUAAAUAGUCAGGGGUCGAGGGUCUUUAAUUUGGGUCCCCUACAUGGCAGGUGAGUGCCCUAACCACCAGGCUUAUAUAGUCAUUCUGAUUUUCAUUUCUUGGUCCAAUGACUAUUCAUUGUCAUUAUGAAUCGCUACUUUGAGUAACCCACUAUGAAUGAGCCAAAACCUACUGAUUCAACCCAAAAUGAAACUUUUUUUUCUUUCAGAAAUGCCAAUAAACUAAAAAAACCCAAACCCAUUAUUCCACCAGCUCUACUCACCACCUUCUUUUGCUUUUUGAAUGGUUCUUGUGUGACAAGUGAAUGUGAUCACAUGAUAAGUAAUUUGCUGCAGCUGAAGUUUUGAAAUAAUCUAUUAUAUAAACACUACAUACAUUAACUGAAAAAAAAAAUGUUUAUCCAUAUCCUUUAUUACAUAGCUGUUGCAUGCACACCACAGAGAAACAGAACCAACACAGGCAUGAACAGGCACUGAAGCACCAGGCACACCCUGGAAAACUGGAUACGUAUUGGAAAACAACACAGAGAGAGGCACAAAUCCCACAGAACAACACACUCAAAGCAUAAAGAACAUACAUACAUAGAAUGCACACAGGAGUAAAUUUCUGUCUCCUAAAGUCUAUCCACUUUAAUCUUCCCUUUACUGCGUUCAGACGCAGGAUGGCGCUCUCUGAAUAAGCAAUUAUAUGAAGGGCAACAAGCUUUACCACAUAGUUCGAGAACAAAACACUUCUUUUGAAUACUGGUAUUUCUUAGAGGCACUUUUUCACAGUUCAGCUAAGGCGUGCAGUUACACUCUUAUUAGCAGUACAGAGACGCUGUCCCAUUAUUUUGGUUACAGACUACAACAGGAUCUCACCAACGGCCAUUCAGGUGGUAUUUCAGUACGACAAAUGCCAACUAUUUCCCCCAGGUUUUUGUGUUACUCGUUAGAGCUACUGUUAAAAGCAGUUUAAUAUAAUUAGGUGUAGAAAUCCAAUUUCACUAUAAUGGCUCUUUAUCUUAAAAAAUAAAACGUGCUGCGCCAUAUGGAGUGUGUUUAUUGGAAACUGUCAAUGCCAGCCACAGGACCCUAUUUCUACAUUUUAAAUGGCACACAGCCAAACCCUGAUUAAGGUCACGAUGAGGACUAUUGACUCUGCAGACAGAUGCUUUUCCCUUUCAGCACUCGAAGAAGAAUCGGAAUAACUGUGUUCUUGGACCUUUCCGUGUGAAUAAUUUCAUACUUCAGCCAACUAUUCAUGGAUUCACCAGAAGAAUUACACCUACUACCUCCGGCGUAGGACGAAAACAAAUCUCAUCAGAUGGGAAAUAAUGUUAGCAGAAGCUUGAAACCUUAGAGCCUAGAUUCUGGAAGGAUUUUUGAUCUCUCUUCUUUUGGCUAUCGGAAAUUGACUAGGCGGUGAUGCGAGCUGGAAUUCCAAGGCGCCAGUUCCAUCCUCUCGCCCCCCAAAAAACCCAAACUCAUCAUUAGCCUGGCUGGACAUAAAUGAUUCAGCAGAGCACACUGUCAAAGGCAACAUUGUCCUAUACUAUUUUCACCUAUUUCCUGUUUCCGAUUUGUAUGUCAGAUUUUGUUUACGAUCCAACUAUGUGGAAAACAUAUUUGCGCUUCCCCCUUCUCCCCCCGGACGGGUGCCAGCUGUUUUCUCAUUGCAAAUGAAAGUGAAAGUGUUUGUGGUACUUGUUGUAUUAUUUGAUCUGCAAAGUCAGGGCUGAACGCAUGUGGUGCGUGCGGGCCAAAGAGCCCAGGGUCAGUGAACAGACAGCAAAUGAGCCGUUUUGAGUGAUAAAUCUUCAGACUGCUCUAGGAAGACUGGAGGAUUUCACUUUGUUGGAGAAUAUAACUGGUGUGGCUUGAAAAAGGGGGAAAGCAGAGAGGAAUACGGGACUCGUAAAGUGCUAUCUCUAGUGUUUGAAAUUUACUUUAUAUCAGAAAUUGAAGAUGAAAACGGUAAAGAAAUGGACAAAGUUUAAUAACUAUCAAGUCUGACACCUUAUUGAUCUCUAAAGGAAUUUUACAACAUACUUGUUUUUGAACUGAGAAAAUGACUGCAGAUAUAGAAGAAAGCACAGGUUGUUGGAAAAGAGUACCUGUCAAAAAGUGGAACAUCCAAUAAUUAUUUUGGAAGAAAUAUAAAAUAAAUAUCCCUGUUAUGGUGCGAUUCUGGAGUGGAGUUAACUCUAUAGCACAUAGGUAGCCCUCCAAAAAAACCCAAACCCUUUGUUUUUCUAAAUUAUGGAAAUUUUGUGGAAGACGUUGACCUGGAUUUUGAGCCUAGUCAUGGCUUCAUCGGAAUUUCACAGUGACAACAGGCUUUCAUAUAAUUCUCAAGAGGAAUUCCUGUCUUACCUUGAACAUUACCAACUAACAGUCCCAGUAAGGGUUGAUCAAAAUGGAGCCUUCCUCAGCUAUACUGUGAAAGAUGAUGAACCCUUGAGGAGAAGGAAGAGGAGCACAGACCUUUAUGACCAAGCAUCUAAAUUAUUUUUUAAACUCUCUGCCUAUGGCAAGCACUUUCAUUUAAACUUGAUUCUCAACACAGAUUUGGUGUCCAAACAUUUUACAGUAGAAUACUGGGGGAAAGAUGGACCUAAAUGGAAACAUGAUUUGUUAGACCACUGUCAUUACACAGGAUAUUUGCAAGACCAACAUAGCACAACUAAAGUGGCUUUAAGCAACUGCAAUGGUCUGCAUGGCGUUAUCGCUACAGAAGAUGAAGAAUAUUUCAUUGAGCCUUUAAGGAAUAUAACUGAAAAUUCCAAUCAUUUCAGUUUUGAAAGUGGUCAUCCCCACGUUAUUUACAAGAAGUCUGCCAUGCACCAACAACAUCUCUAUGAUCAUGCUCAUUGUGGCGUCUCAGAAGACCUCACAAGAAGUAGUAAACCUUGGUGGAUGAAUGAUACAUCUGCUUUUCCAACUUCACUUCCAAUUAAUAACACUCUAAGUAGUCGUGGUCGACAGAAGAGAUCAGUAAGCAUUGAACGCUUUGUGGAGACGCUGGUAGUAGCAGACAAAAUGAUGGUGGGAUACCAUGGUCGCAAAGACAUUGAGCAUUACAUUUUGAGUGUAAUGAAUAUUGUUGCCAAACUUUAUCGUGAUUCCAGUCUAGGAAACGUUGUGAAUAUUAUAGUGACUCGUUUAAUUGUUCUCACUGAAGAUCAGCCAAACUUGGAGAUAAACCACCAUGCAGACAAGUCCCUCGAUAGCUUCUGUAAGUGGCAGAAAUCCAUUCUCUCCCACCAAAGCGAUGGAAACACCAUUCCAGAAAAUGGGAUUGCCCACCACGAUAAUGCGGUUCUUAUUACUAGAUACGAUAUCUGCACUUAUAAAAACAAGCCCUGUGGAACACUGGGCUUGGCCUCUGUGGCUGGAAUGUGUGAGCCUGAAAGGAGCUGCAGCAUUAAUGAAGACAUUGGCCUAGGUUCAGCUUUUACCAUUGCACAUGAGAUUGGUCACAAUUUUGGUAUGAACCAUGAUGGAAUUGGAAAUUCUUGUGGGACCAAAGGUCAUGAAGCAGCAAAACUUAUGGCAGCUCACAUUACAGCAAACACCAACCCCUUCUCCUGGUCAGCCUGUAGCCGGGACUACAUCACCAGCUUUUUAGAUUCAGGCCGUGGUACUUGCCUUGAUAAUGAGCCUCCCAAGCGUGACUUUCUUUAUCCUGCUGUGGCCCCAGGUCAGGUGUAUGAUGCUGAUGAACAGUGUCGCUUCCAGUAUGGAGCAACAUCCCGCCAAUGUAAAUAUGGGGAAGUGUGUAGAGAGCUCUGGUGCCUCAGCAAAAGUAACCGCUGUGUUACUAACAGCAUUCCAGCAGCUGAGGGUACUCUUUGCCAGACAGGGAGCAUUGAGAAAGGGUGGUGUUAUCAGGGAGAGUGCGUACCUUUUGGCACUUGGCCCCAGAGCAUAGAUGGGGGUUGGGGUCCGUGGUCAAUAUGGGGAGAGUGCAGCAGGACCUGCGGGGGAGGAGUCUCCUCAUCCAUAAGACACUGUGACAGUCCAGCACCUUCUGGUGGAGGAAAGUACUGUCUUGGAGAAAGGAAACGAUAUAGAUCCUGUAACACGGAUCCGUGUCCUUCAGGGUCCCGGGAUUUUCGAGAAAAACAGUGUGCAGACUUCGACAAUAUGCCCUUCCGGGGAAAGUAUUAUAACUGGAAGCCCUACACUGGAGGAGGGGUUAAACCAUGUGCAUUAAACUGCUUGGCUGAAGGUUACAAUUUUUACACUGAACGUGCCCCUGCAGUAAUAGAUGGAACUCAGUGCAAUGCUGAUUCGCUGGAUAUCUGUAUCAAUGGAGAAUGCAAGCAUGUGGGUUGUGAUAAUAUUUUGGGAUCUGAUGCAAAGGAAGACAGAUGCCGUGUGUGUGGAGGAGAUGGUAGCACAUGUGAAGCCAUUGAAGGUUUCUUCAAUGAUUCAUUGCCCAGAGGAGGCUACAUGGAAGUGAUUCAAAUUCCAAGAGGUUCCGUUCACAUUGAAGUAAAAGAAGUGGCUAUGUCAAAGAACUACAUUGCUUUAAAAUCUGAAGAGGAUGACUACUAUAUUAAUGGUGCCUGGACUAUUGACUGGCCUAGAAAAUUUGAUGUCGCUGGGACAGCUUUUCAUUACAAGAGGCCAACAGAGGAACCUGAAUCUUUGGAAGCUUUAGGCCCUACUUCAGAAAAUCUCAUAGUCAUGAUUCUGCUACAGGAACAGAAUUUGGGGAUAAGGUAUAAAUUCAAUGUUCCCAUCUCUCGUACUGGCAGUGGAGACAAUGAAGUUGGCUUUGCAUGGAAUCACUUGCCUUGGUCAGAAUGUUCUGCCACUUGUGCUGGAGGAAUACAGAAACAAGAGGUGGUGUGUAAAAGGCUGGAUGAUAACUCCAUUGUACAGAACAACUACUGUGAUCCAGACAGUAAACCACCAGAAAACCAAAGAGCCUGCAACACUGAGCCUUGCCCGCCCGAGUGGUUUAUAGGAGAUUGGUCAGAAUGCAGUAAGACCUGUGAUGGAGGAAUACGUACACGAACAGUUCUCUGUAUCAGAAAGAUUGGACCGUCUGAGGAGGAGACACUGGACAAUAUUAACUGUUUAACACACCGGCCUAUUGAAAAAGAACCCUGUAACAAUCAGUCUUGUCCACCACAGUGGGUUGCCUUGGACUGGUCAGAAUGCACUCCAAAAUGUGGUCCAGGAUUCAAACAUCGGAUUGUUCUGUGCAAAAGCAGUGACCUUUCAAAAACAUUUCCAGCUGCACAAUGCCAAGAGGAAAGCAAGCCUCCAGUCCGCAUCCGCUGUAGCUUAGGCCGAUGCCCUCCUCCACGCUGGGUUACUGGAGACUGGGGACAGUGUUCUGCACAAUGCGGUCUGGGACAACAAAUGCGAACAGUGCAGUGUCUCUCAUAUACUGGACAAGCAUCCAGUGAGUGUCCAGAAACAGUUAGACCUCCAUCAAUGCAACAGUGUGAAAGCAAAUGUGACAGUACUCCCAUUUCCAACACAGAAGAGUGCAAAGAUGUGAACAAAGUGGCGUAUUGCCCACUAGUGCUGAAGUUCAAGUUCUGCAGCCGAGCAUACUUCAGACAGAUGUGCUGUAAGACCUGCCAAGGACACUGACCCACAGAAAGCAAGAGAGAGUGCCUUGUUAUAUCAUUGUGGAAAUGUGUCCAUCGAAGAGAGCCACACAGCGGAAUGGGAUUGAGGUCCUUGCAAAUGCAUUACCCUGUGGAAAACGUAACCACUGGUCAGCCCUAGCUGACAGGAUUUCAAUAUUAUUUUAACUUCUGUGAAGUGGGAUUUAUUCAUCCAAAGUGCUGGACACAGUAUAAGGAGGGCAUGCCAAAUUGGAAAGAUCCACACAACACAUAUAGAAUAGUUUACUGUGGAACAUUUGUGUUCUUUUGACUAAAUCCAAUAGUCUGUUUACCUCCUUGGACCAUUAAAGUAAUUUUUAUUAUGGACUUAGCAAUGACACUGAAUCCAUUUAUAUUUAAAACUGUUUAAAAUGUAGCUGUUAUGACUUGGUCUACUAUUGAAGUAAAGAAGAAUCAAACAAUCUUAAGUCAUAGCUUAAAAAUGUUAACUAUUUUAUCUCAUUACACAGCAUCACAAUUUAAAUUAUAAAAUGGGCUUGGAAAUGUUAUUUAAGGAGCAAUUAUAAAUCUGAAGUAAAGAAAAUUAUAUUUUUUCCUUCAUUCCACCUAAUUCCCUUAGGAGUAAUCCAUAUUUGCUGAACACUGCUGUGAGCCAUAUAUAAAGCUAAACUAAACAAAACAACCAUGAGGAACUUAGUUUUAAGAGGUGCAACAGUUAUUGCAGGUGUGCAUGAAAUACAAGUGUGCUAAUAAAUCUGUGCUACAGAUAUAUAGCCAUUUUGCCAUUGUACAAGUGAAGCUGAGAUGUCCACUAAAAGGGAAAAACAUUUCAAUACAAUGGAGAAGCCAGAUUUCAAUUGUGGUGAAGACCAGAGUGCUGCGUACUUCACUACUAAUGUAUAGGCUCCAUUUUAUUACUCCAAUUCACUUUUGUUUACAUCACUAGCCACAGAGAGGCAUCUAGUCAUGUUACUCCCUACUCACCAUUACCAAGAAGUUCUAGUGCAAAAGAUAAAUGUACUGUGUAAUAAUAAGCCAGUCUCUCUGCAAACUUUACUGGCAAUUAUAGUGGGUUCCAGAUGUUCCCUUCUCUGAUACAAUAGAAGGGCAUUUAUUUAUGAGAGAAAGUGUUUGAAUGCACAGGUUUGGAGACUGUAAGAGAGUGAGCAAGGAUUACAACCAAAGAAUAAAAGAGUUAUGGGGACCUUUUGGUCAUAUUAUCAUAAUUUUAAUACUCACUGAAUACUUAUUUUAGUUAAUACUCUGAAUUGCAUUUAAAUGUGAAACCAAACUACUUGGGCAAGUCAGAUCCAGAAUUUAGCAUAAAUAAAUCUUCAUGUCAUACUCCUCUUCCCCUUCCCUUCUUGAUAGAAGGUUCAACAAGGAGAUAAGGAAAGUGGGUACUUGUUUAUAUUAAUAUAUUGUACUUGAACAUUUGCAGUUUGCAGCAGGUACUUGAUGAAUGUGCUUUUGUGACCAACUAUGUCUCCUUUGUUGUAGUGCAAUUAAAAUGAUGUGAACAACACCUUGUGUUAACACUAAAAAUCAAAUGGCACUUUUUAAAAAAAAAAAAAUCUUUCAAUGAAACAAGUAAGUUCAAUAAAUCACAUGAAACCUAAAUGUCAGUGUAUUUAACAAAUAAUAAGCCAAAUGUGUUGCACACUAUUUACUAAUGUGAAUUAACAAGGAAAAAAUAGAUAUUCUUAACAGAAUUCUUGUACUAUAAAACAUGUUGACAAUCUAUAUGUGGCAUUUUAUGUAGCCCACUUAUUCAGAACCAUCAAACUCCUGUCAUCUGCUACCUCUUGACAGUGUUUUUCACUUCCUUACACAUGUGACCAGUGGAAUUCAUUCCAGUAAGCAUGACUUUACUCACAUAUGGCCAUCUGCUGCUCUCAGUCCCUGUGUACGCAACUCCCAUUGUCACUGGUUCUCAAUAAAUACAAAAAUAAAAACUGGCAGUUGCAUAUGUGGAUCAAGGACAGGGUAUAGCCCUUAGAUAAUGAGUGAAUUACCUUUAUAAAUCCUAUUGAGAGAAUAACUUGGUGCUAGCAUGUG